CAUCUUUCCCAACAUGGCGGACACGUCGACGUUGUUCCAAGGUAUAUUUCGACUAUAAAUUUUUAUUCUUUGAAAUUGCAAGGAAUGAAAAGGGACUAAAUUUAAUAGUAAGUCUUUUAAAUGCUACUUCAAAUAUCUCGUUAUCCUUUUUGUUCGAAGAUUUGAAGUUUUUGCUCGCUAAAAUUAACCUCUACUGUGCGGCAUGUGUGCUGUAUUGCGUUAUUUAUUUGCCAUCAUUUUCUCGCAUUAUUUAAAUGGAUCUCAAUUAAUAUUGGAUUUAAUUUUUCUAGUUCUCCCAGGGAUGUCCCUCUCACUCAAACACGUUUGCCUUGGUGUUCUUGUACUCCAGACUUCAUCUUUAGUUCUAACGAUGAGAUACUCGAGAACGCUUCAUCAAGAGGGCGAUCCCAUGUAUAUUGCUUCUACUGCCGUAGUGUUCGCUGAAAUUUUUAAAGUGUGUGCGUGUGUAGCGGUUAUUUUUCAUCAGUCAAAGUUCCGAUGGUCCGUUUUUCUUGGACAGUUACGGGAGGAGAUUUAUGACAAGCCAUGGGAGACCCUCAAGUUGGCGGUACCCUCAGGGUUGUACACGAUUCAAAAUAAUCUUCUGUUUGUUGCUCUGUCUAAUUUGGAUGCUGCCACGUAUCAGGUGGGUAGAUUAUGGGGAGGCUGGCUCUCGGAGACGCUUUCCAAAUUGACUGGAUCUUAUUUAGCUAGCGCAAUUAUUAUUCCAUGUUUAGUUGAUGCACAUUUGUACGUGUACGUUGACUUAUUUAUACAUAAAAACUGUAAUUAAAUUGAUUGAUAAAUAUCUGAGUCGGCUACUCCCGAAAAUACGUUGUGUCCUUUUAUACACAUUGUUUAUAUUGUUUAACAUCUGAGAUAUGAAUUAUUUCAAGCAUGGAAAGAAUCUUUGCAAUGAAAAUAGUAGUGAUAUUUAUUCAUUCUUUUCCUUUCCAGGUUACAUAUCAACUGAAGAUUUUAACUACAGCUUUAUUCUCUGUGUGCAUGCUUCACAAAAAGUUAGGUGUUUUAAAAUGGAUUUCCCUUCUCCUCCUUAUGCUUGGAGUUACUUUAGUUCAGGUGAGAUUGUAUUUUGGGAUACUCAAGAAUCAAUGCUCAUGGCACAAGAUUUUCAUGGCUUAUUUUGUACUGAUUUUAUUUUGUGAUAUCAUCAAUAUCCCAGAUAUCUUAGUACAGAGUGGUGAGUGAAAUUGCCACGUGGCCCCAUGUGUGCCUAUUACAUGCAUGCAGGGCUAAGCUUCACUCUUAACCUUUUAACUCCCAAGAGUGACCAAGACAAAAUUUCUCCUUACUAUAUCGAUACAAUAUCAUGCAGACAAGUGAUGAGAAUAAAAGAAAUAUCCAUUAUGGAAUUAAUUAUUGAUCCCAUACCAAAUUCUCCAAACGAACAUAAUGAGAAUCAUUUGGUAGACAGUUGGGGGAAUUACCCCUCCCCCUAUCCUAGGCAUUUUUUUUCAUCUUCCCUCAACAGUUCUCUGAUAAUGAUUCAUACUCUGGAAAGGGGAGAGGUGUUGUGAGGGAAAAAAUCUUGUCCAGAAAUGCAACACACUACUUCUGUUGGGGCCACAUCCAAGACCUCUAUCAAUUUGGUAUUAAUUUGACCAACCAGUAGUUCACAAUAUUCUGAUUAUCACCUCCUUAGUUUUGUUGUUUUACUCACUCUGCUCUUACCCUCAGAGAUUUUUACCAAUUUGAUAUAGCAGUUUAAACACUUCAUCUGAAUGUUUAGGUCUUGCUUGCCAUUGACCCUUUAACUCCUAUGAAUGACCAAGACAUAAUUACAAUAUCAUUACAAUAUCAAUAUCAAUAUCGUUACAAUAUUGUUACAAUAUUAAUACAAUAUCAACCAGAAAAGAGAUGUGAAUAAAGAAAAAUAUCAAUUUGGGAAUAAUUAGUUGAUCCAAUACUAAGUUCUCUGAACUAAUAUCAUAAGAAUUGUAUGAUUGACAGUAAGGAGAAUUAUAAAUUUGAUCUGAGCAUUAAAGGGUUAAAUAUACCUUUCAAUAUGCUACUCUUACUCUGAAUAUUCUUUGCUAUUCACCUUUGAACAAUUGCACCAGAAUAAUUGUUAUCAUCCUAGGAAUUAAAGAGUGAAAAUCAUCUUUUUCAUGCUAUGUUAUUUCCCUUUUUUUGUGUAUACUGCAACUAUUCACUUCAGUGUCAAUGAGUAGCAAUGGAUAGUUACCCCACAGCUUUGGUCUUCUGUAGGUAUCCACCACAAGCCACUUCCACUUAGUUUAAUAAUCCUUAAUUAUCCCUUUGUUUGACUUUUUGUGUAUUUGUUUUUCUUGUUAAUAGUGGCAUCCAGAUAAAGGUGAAGAAUCUCCCACAAAGGAUACUUCAGUAUCAGGAAAAUUUAUAGGACUUAUAGCUGUUCUCACAGCCUGCUGUUCCAGUGGAUUUGCUGGGGUCUAUUUUGAAAAGAUUUUAAAAGGAACUAAAGCAUCUAUAUGGAUGAGAAAUAUUCAGUUAGGUAAGACCAAACUUGUUCUACUGACCCUGGUUGGUCGAAGGGUGGACAAUGCUAUCCACUGGAUAAAUCUCUAUCUGGUGGAUAGAGCAGUACGUUUUGUUAACACUUAUCCAUUGGAUAGCAUUAUCUGCUCUUUGAACAAUUGGACUCAGGUCUACAUGUAAGGUGAAGUUUGCACACAAACAAGGUUGCUUGUAUUGCUGCAAAUGGAGCUUCUUCCAGUUUCUAGAGUAUUCAGUGACUUUGGAUUUUUGUUUCUCUUUUUUAUGGGAUACUAGACCAGCACAUGAACUGUGCAUAUGUGUAACAUCCAGUGUUUUACCAACUUGCCAGUAGCAAUAUAUUAAAGUUCACUUAGCAACCAGGUAGACAAUCAGACAUGCUAGUAGCUAUCUAAACUAUUUGUUGUUGGGGGGGGGGGGGGGGGCUGAUGUAUUUAAAUGUUAGUUAGUCAAGAUGCCAACAAGGAGAGUUUGUUUAACAACUGAGAAGUUCUUUUGUUGGUGAUCAAUUUCUUUAUUCUUGGGACCUUAAUGUGUGAUUGAGGGGUGAUAUUGUAAUGAGAAUUAAGACGAAGAGAGAUAAGUCAUUUGUAGGGGCUGGAGGGUUAACCUUGGAUUAGAUUAAUCCUAUAUUGAGCAAGGUAUAUGUAGCUCUUAUGAAUUUUUUUUUUCUACAACAUAUACCAGCAAGAGAGGAUUUUAACUUGUGUCCCUUUAGCUGUAAUUGUAGUCUAACUUGACUCUGUAUUUGAGACUUGAUUGUGAAAGUUUAAGGAGAAUCAAGACUCUUUGUUUGUAAUUUGAAGUGUUUUAACCCUUACACUCCCAAGAUCUCUUUGAUGACUCUACCUGCUGUCUGACAUAUAGUUCUUAUAAAGGAGUUUGGAUAAUUUAGUAUUAGAUCAACUAGCAAUCCCCUAAUUGAUAUAUUUUUCUCAAUUCUCAUCACUUGUCUUCUUGAUGUUGUAUUAAUAUUGUAAGGAGAAAUUCUGUCUUUGUCACUCAUGGGAAUUUAAGGGUUAAGUAAAUACAUACAUUGUGUACUAGUAGUUGAAAAUAAUCCCAUACGGGCCUGAAUUUUUUUUUCAGGUCCUAUUUUCAACUACUAGUUCAGUAGGGUUCUUAGUUCUUCAAGGAUCUCUGAAAUUCAUUUCUUCACUGCAGUGCAAAUAUAUGAAUUUCAUAUAUCUAAAAUCAUUAUUCAUCACUUGGAUGGUUUAUUUGGGCCCAGCAUAUUGACCAGCUCCCAGUUGGCCUGUUAACUCAGUUGGUAGAACACUGCACCAGUAUCGCAGAGGUCAGGGGUUUAAAUCCCGUACGGGCCUGAAUUUUUUUCAGGUCCAAUUUUCAACUACUAGUUCAGUAGUGUUCUUAGCUGCAAGGAUCUCUUAAAUUCGUUUCUUCACCACAGUGCAAAUAUAUGAAUUUCAUAUAUCUAAAAUCACAUACAUUGUGUAUAAGUUUGAGUUUUCAUGAGAGUGAUUCAGUCACAUUCAUGCAUCUUUCCUCACUGACAUUUUCUCCUUGGUUGCAUUUUUUAGGAACUUUUGGUGUGAUAUUUGGUCUGAUAGCAGUGUAUGGAAAUGAUGGACAAGCUGUGGCAGAUCAAGGUUUUCUUCAAGGUUAUAACAUGAUCACAUGGAUAGUUAUUUCACUUCAGGUACGUUGGCUAAGAAAGUAACGUUCAGGCGCCAGUAUGACUCGAGGGUGUGUGUGGGGGGAAAGAGGCUAAACUAUUUCAAGGGCUUCCAAAUAGGGAAGUGUCGGGAGAGAUUAUUGUGUACUUUCUGAGGGUUGAAUUGCAAGACGCUUUUUACCCCGAAAUUUUAGUUAUGAAUUAAAUGAACAUUUAUUUGGUGAAACAGUGUAGACGAAAAGGGAUCGGUGAUUGAAACUAUAAUAGUAAAAGAGCGAAGUUAUGUCUAAAGCACAUGGGAACGUUAAUGAAACAAGUGGCGAUCGGUUUUAGUUUAAUGCCUGAUUAGUUGCUGGGUUCUUAGUAAAUUGAAGCAAUAUGGCGGGUGGUUAAGGCUUAGUAAAUACGUGCCUGAUAGAAAAUGGAAGAGUGCUCAACCAGCGAGAAAAUUUAAAAGCAUCUAUCUUGUGGAAUGCGAAAAUGGCUUUCGAGAAAGUUGUCUGUUUGUGAACUGUUUUGUAGCAUUGACCUGUUUUAAUUUUCAUUCAGGUUGCUGUUCACAACUUACGUUGUGUCGCAUUAUUAGGCGCUUUUUAGGCGGCGGCUGACACUUAGUGAGAACCUGGAGUUGACACAGUGACGCGAGUUUUCUUCACCAAUGAAAAACCGAAAACUCGAAGCGCUACAUCAAAAAUAAGAAUACAAAGUCCUGUACAUUUUCAUUUGUGACGAGGAAACCUCCAAAACACGCAACUCGACAUGUGACUCUUCGCUGUUCACUUAAACAAGAUGUAUUUUUAUUUUAUUUUACAGGCAUUUGGUGGAUUAGUAGUUGCUGCGGUUGUGAAGUACGCCGACAAUAUAUUGAAGGGGUUUGCCACGUCCGUGUCAAUAGUUGUGUCGUCACUGGUGUCGUUCUAUUUCCUAAAUGACUUCAAGCCAACAAAGUGAGUGCCUUUAUUAUGUUAAAUAAUAAUCUCGCUUUGUGUUUAUUUUACUGUUUUCUACUUUUAUGGGAAAAAACUUACAAAAAUCAAUGAAUACAAGAGAGGAUUAAUCUACUUGUAAAAGAGGUAUGCUCAGUCGUAAGGUUGAUUCCUUAGAUUAACCCUCAUAAAUUAUAUUUUACGUUAUAUGUUGAAUUUGUCUCGCGUUUUGAUUGGUUUUUACCUGUGAUCUAUUGAAGGACAGACGCACAGAUGACGUCACUAUUAACAACAUUUUGCUUCUUUAUUAACAAAACAAAUAGAAUCCAUGAAAAUCUUGAUAUGACCAAUUCUGUUUAGUCUACGUUCACGCCCUUAUUAUAAGCGCCGCAGGGUGCGCGUUUUUCGGCCCGCGGGAAGAUUUGAGACGAGUAAGUGAGAGGUUUUUCUAAGGGUCUGGACCUCAUUAUCAGUGCCAGACCUCUUGCGGGCCUCUCGUUGCUCAAGGUCACCUACUUUCCCACGGACGAAGAACGCUCUUGCUGAAGGGUUAAUGAUGAGGGUUUGCUCCCAGGCCAAAUGCUGUUAGACGAAUUUUCUGUGGUCUUCAUCUCUUCAUCCCAUGAAACAUGUAUUCAUUCCUCUCAAAAAUAAUGUAGCAGUACGUGAGGGAAAUGGAACAUUAUUCCUGGAAAACCGGAGACGUGUUGUCCGAACUUUUAGUCAAGUCGCCCGAAAUCCCGAGUCAUGUCGCCCGAUUUUUUAUCACAUAUAAAAAUAUAAAAAUAGCAAAUUAUAAGAAAGCGCUGAAGGUAGCGAUUGAUUGAACAAUCCUUGUCUGUCUGUCUGCCUGCCUGUCUGUCUGUAUGUCAGUCUCUUUGUCUGCUUGUCGGUCUGUCUGUCUGCCUGCCAGUCAGUCUUUCUAUCUGCCUGUCAGUCUGUCUGCCUACUUGUCUCUCUGUCUGGCUGUCGAUCAGUCUGUCUGCCCGUCAGUUGGUCUGUCUGCCUGUCGCUUGGUCUGUCUGCCUGUCGGUCUGUUUGUCUGUCUCUCUGUCUGUCUACCUUUCUAGUUACCGUUUCUGUAACUCCAACCAAAUUACAAAUCUUCUGUCCCAGGUCGUUACGCACAACACCGGACCAUUGGCUAAAAAUCAAACAUUUAUAUGUUUUUGGUUUUUCUGUAUUUCAGCUUUUUCUUUUUGGGUACCUGUGGAGUUUUAACAGCCACCUUUUUGUACGGUUUGCCUGAGAAGAAAUCACCUCAGCUGACACCUGCAAAACCCGUGUAGUGCCCGAUGGAUGUUAUUAUAAAGGUAGUGAUAGUUGUAAUUAUAUAUUUUUAUAUGUUCUGAAUUCUGCUCUGCCCAUCAACAUGUGCUAUUGUCAAAAAUGGAAACAUGACAUAUCGAUAUCAUGCAAACCGUUCUUUUAAAAGAUAGGAACAUGUCAAACUCAAGUUUAGCGCCUUCUUCAUACUCUUUGUUGUGUUUAUUUAAAGGAUUAUGUGUCUUGUUGUAGGGUCGGUUAUUGUAUCAGCUGAUGGGCGAUGUAAGGUCGGUUUACUGCGAGCCGAUUGUCGACCGGUGGUUGACAAUCACCCGACCAAUAGACGGCCAAUGUCUUGAUGUCCUGGUAGGCUAGACCAUCAGUCAAGUGGGGGUGAACUAUGAGGCUGUUAUCAACUGACUUUUGAUCACUACCGACCAAUAAAUCGAUCUUUCUUGGGUCCAAAAUAUCGACCGAGGCUGAUGUCUUUUAGUUGAGAAGCUUACGUAGAAUUCGCGCUAAUUUCUUAUUGAAGUCGCAUGAAGGCGACCUGGAAAUUUCCAUACUCCAAGUUUCUCUCAGAUUGAAGAUGUUCUUUUGUUUUUAAUGCUUUGUUUACUUGUUUGUUUUUUCUAACUAUAAUUUCAAUAGCUAUUUGAAACAUUCUAAGCUCGAACUCCUAAUAGUUGCUCGUGGUCAAAAUAGGGAACCCAAGAUCAUUGGUAUGUUAAUAAAGUAGAAUUUCGGUCAACUGAUGGUAAAAUCGACGCAGGCUGUUGGGAAAAUAGAAGAAAAGCUUGUAAACUAAGAGCCGGGGGCGGUAAACCGAAAGAAAGUGCGGUCUAUUGCCUUUUUAAAAUACAAUUCGGUAUUCUUUGGGUUUAUGGGUACAAUAAACGAUAAGUUUUUGACCAAUCAGAACGCCCUUCGUAUUUCAGCUAUUUUAUAAUAUUGUGAUAAAAUUUCCAAUCAUGGAACAGAGGAAAUGUUUUGACUUAGUACAACUUCAGAUCAGCAAAUUUUGGUUCCCACGCACUCUUAGCUCUUUUAUCGAUGAGAUGUUUUAUUUAUUUAAUGUUACGUAUCUUACAUACUCACGGUGCGUUGUAAGAAGGUCACAGUGAAUACACUUUAUAAGUAAAGAAAAGUAACUCUAACGAAGUAAUUAUGAUGCGUUGUGGGCAUGUUGAUCGAGGGGCCUCGCUUUGAACCUGUACCCGUCGGGGACUGGGCGGAAGGAUAGUAGAUCGAUAAACUACGGGAUAUAUUUAAUAGAUUUAUGUUUAUUAUUGCGAGAGCACGGUAACAAUAGUUUUCAAACAAAAAAUACAACUUUUAUCUAUUUACGAAACAUAUUUCGACACCCUUAUGUCUUCUCCAGUUGCAAACGUGUUCUAUACAGUUUGAAUAUUAAUUUGUAAUCACGUCUUAUAUUAACUUUGUAAAAUAACAUUCUAAAAUUGCGUUGCAAAAUGACCACAAUUUGAGACGGUAAAAUACACUGAAAAAGAGAAUAGCAAAAGUUUCUUAAGUGAGAACAGAAGAUUAAAAUUACCAUAAGCAACUUUUCAUCUAGUGUAUUUUAACACUUCAAAUUGUUAACGUAAUUUUGUAGCGUAAUUUGUGACUGUUAAAGUUAUACUAUACAACGAACAUGGGCGCCUGAAGAUGGUCUAGAAUGUCGAAACAUGUUUUUAAUUAGGAGACUUUGAUUCAAACAAUCGGUUCAGCGCUGCCUUCCGAACAAGUUAUUGCCUUGAAAGGCUAUGCGCUGAUUUAGAGGGGCUUUGAAAAAUGUUGAGUUUGAAUAAAGCUGUUUGAUUAGUGAUAAAGAGGGAAAAGGAGAAUGUGAAAAUAUAUUUAUUGUGUUCUUUAGCCAUUUUAACUUGCCACGGUAAGGGAUGGUGUUAUAUUAAAACAGACUGUAGUCGGAAAUUUGAAAGCAGAGGAAUAAAUGGAGUCAAAAAUUGUCAUUGUAAUUUGUUUAUUUUCCAUUGCCAAACAACCUUAGAUCUUGAAAAAGUUUCUGUUAACGAAAGCUGUGCGCUUUUACAGGGGCGGUGGAAAACGAAGAGGGUUUCGUGGCAAAGAUCUACGCCCCCGUCCAAAUUUACGAUAUAGCUCAUAUGUGAGGUUUUCAAGUCUGUUUUGGAUGAUUUCCUAAACGAUUUAUAUUUUUCGUUGAUUAUUUGAUGACUGAAAUAGAAAUGACUUCCGAUCAAACGUGCUCGCAUUUUACUCUACCGCUGUCUCGCACGUAAACAAGCAUUCUAAGUUGUGCGGCAAGACUGUCGCGGUUUUAAACAUGAAUGGGGUCGUCACGUAAUCUCGGGUACACGAAUUCUAGUACCAGUCCUACUCUAAAGCACUCUUCGCUGCUACGGCGGGUCGACGUUACUCGCCCUGGGGGAGGGUUACCGAACACAACGGGGUUUCCGUCGGCUAUGAGUAACCUCAGCUCCCUACUAUUUUAAAACAAUACGAAUAUUGGACAGGAAAAUUUUACCUUUCUUUUCUUCUAUCGAAAAGCAGCACCCGUGUUAUGAACAAAUUUUUCUCGUCAUCCGACCGUCAGAGGGAAGCAGUUGUGAGCGAGGGUAAGCCUGACGAUUAUUCUUUCAGUUUUUUGACAAAAAUUUUUGUAUCAUAGGCUAACAUUAAUUUUUUCCCCAUUUUCUUUUACAUCGACGCAAGAACUUAAGGAAAAGAUGCACAGUUAGUUCUUGGUGUUUUCAGUUGACACUAAUCAUUGUCAUAUGAACCUCGCCACUGAACGCAAUUAUUUACGAAAGGAACCCUUUGGGCCAUUUCAAAUACUUAAAUGGCAGGUUUUCCUUCCUCUUCUUUUGCUUUAACUCGUAGACUCUACCCUUUUAAUUACCUCUCCCGGACUAGUUAUGUAUUUCUUAACCCCAAUUCAUUGGAUGAAGGAUUGGGGAAACGUUGCUUUCCUAGAUUAGUGAGCUCUUAUGUUUUGGCAGCCUAGCUCGCUGAAAACGAGAUGGGUGCCCUGUGCGCUCUUCGAUUAGCUACAGGUGGCUUGGGCACCAGUUCCCGGGGCAACUUCAAUUCCUUGAGAAGUAUUUCUUUUCACAACACGAACAAGUCAUGGCUGCGAUUUUAUCGUUUUCAGGCGUUCAUUCAUUCUUUUUUCUCUUGUUCUCCGGAUUUAUUUGCUUUUUCACUGCCAAUGGAAUGCUUGGGAGAGGUAAAGAUUUUACAUUUUGUAGUUCGUAUGUUAAGUGGCGAAAGAACCCGUUUGCGGAGGAAAUAUAUUAUUCAUAUUGAGUAAAUUUUUUAUAGUUGACGAUCUCAAAGUGCAUAAAAAAUACUCAGCUGUAUAGUACGUAUUGAACGUUAAAUAUUUAUAAGCUAAAGAGUUAAGGACUUACAGACUUAAUACUAUUUGUCACAUGAUCGAAGUUACGUUCUUUGCAAAUCCAUCGAGAGCCUUAACUUCAUCAAGUGACUUCCAAAUCGAUGGCUAUAGGUGUUUCGUUGAUGAAAACUCCUCACCACGUCACUUAAAUUUGUCGCUGCCAUUCUCCAGAGAGAUCUUCCUGUUCUCCUGAGAGUCAAUAGAAGCUAGCAAACUUGACGAUGAUUGAAAUUACGAUUUAAAAACAGAUGGAGUGAAUUGCCGUGAGAAAAUUUUUUAGUAACAGGUCAAUAAUAGUUUAUUGGCACCUGCAUAAUCUAGCAAAUCCAACGACUGUUCAAUUAAUUUGCCUGUUUGUAUACAGAUCUUAGUUAGUUCAAGGUUUUUACCUUACUUGCCUUCUGGUCAGUGAUGUUUCAGUUCAGGUUAUUUCAAUUUUAACAAUUGGAACCUAAUGUUAUCAUCUUUAACUCACUUUCUGCCUGAAUCCUUUUUAUUUACACAUUUAUUUAACAUUUAUUUAUAUUUAUUUUAUUUCAUAAAUUUUUCUUUAAUGUGAAUUUCUCAUUAACCCUUUAACUCCCAUGAGUGAUUAAGACAGAAUUUCUCCUUACUAUAUCCAUACAAUAUCUUGCAGACAAGUGAUGAGAAUAAAGUAAAUAUAAAUUAUGAGAUUACUAUUUGAUCCAAGACCAAAUUCCCCAAACUAACUUAAAGAGAAUUAUUUGGCAGACAGUAAGGAUAAUUACUAAAGAGAUCUUGGGAGUUAAAGGGUUAAAAGCUAUAUAUUAAAUUCUCUAUUGGACAUGUCUGCUUCUUGCCAUGAGUUUAUAUUCUUAAAUUGUUCAUAAUUAAACAUCCCACCCUUGUUUGCCUCACUCACCUGAUAAAAGUUGUAGAUAAAAUUCCCUUCUGCCCAUGGCCAUAUACUAUCCUCUUUAUCAUUUAUAGUAAAAAAGUAAAAACAAAUUUUGAGAGGUGGUUCAGUGAGGACUGGAUGUCUUUUAAUUUUUCAUGUUUUCUUGACUACAUGUCAUAUUUAGUGAAGUAAAAUAGGUUUCUUUUUCAGUGUCUAAGAUUUUUUUUUGUAUCUCUAAGUUUAUUUCUUCAUUUUCACCCAAACAGUAGAAAAAUAAUGAUAAUUAUUUAUGAUUUGAGGUUACUGCUCUUUUUUAAGUCUUGUAGAAUCAGAUGAUGAUUGUGACUUCUUCAUGUGACUUAAACGACUUAAUGUGACUUCUUCAUGUGACUUAAACGACUUAUUAUACAAUUUAAAUGUAAUGUGCCUUUCCUUUUAGGUUUUGGGGAUCACAUAGACUGGAAGACAUAUUCUGAAGGACUUAAAGAAGCACAAUCAAGGUGAAGCAUUCUUCCUAUUGUGAUUUAAAUAGUGUAUGCUGAGUUUAAAAACCUUUUUGCCAACUUCUCUGAGGUAACAGUGUUGCACUAAAUUUCACAGAGUUCACAGACUUUUUUACAAAAUUGAGCAAUCAUGAUUUACUUUCUUGCUCUCUGUCAUUCUCCUAAGUUUUUUCUUUGAGUUAAGGCUUGUUUGCCAUACUAUCAGAUGCAUGCGUACACUCCUGUAAGGGUUUGUUUGAAAUUUCUCUAAAUCUAUUAAAAAUAAAAAGAGGGAAAAUUACUGAACCCUUUACCUCCCAAAAGUGAUUAACAUGUAACUUCUCUCUAUAACAUCCAUACAUUAUCCAAUAAACAGGCAAUGAGAAAUUGCUCAAACUUAUCAGGUAGAAGUUGUUACCCUGAUCUAACACAAAAUUCUUUUAACUUAUCGACAAGCAAGUGUAUAGCAGCUAGAGGGAAGAAUUAGCAAUGAGAUCUUGGGAGUUAAAGGAUUAAUAACAAAUUGUAGUUUCAUGACUGGGAUUUUAUUACAAGUAUAAAAAAAGACAACAUUUUAUAAUUGUAAUUGGAUUGUAUAUUAAAUUUAUUCUGAUCUUGUAUGUGUUAUUGAUAUGUGUAGUACAUAUUCAUUUGUUCAGCUUGCAUUUUCAUUGUUAAACAUUUCAGCCGCAAACCUGUGAUGGUGAUUAUUCACAAGUCUUGGUGUGGUGCAUGCAAAGGUAAAAUCUGUUUGUCUACUUAAGACUUAAGCACACAAAGACUUGGAGCAGUAUCUAAAAGAAGUUACACAUUCUGAUUAAGUGAAAUGCUGCAUAAUCAACUCAACAUUAUGAAAAAUAUAUUAUUUUAUUUAAUUGUUUACCAAAGUAGAGGUGAAAAGUGUUGGAUAUUUAAACAGCUCACUAAAUAUUCAUCACUUGCAACAACACAGAGAGGAGUAAUUGUGUUAGAAUAUACCACACAAAUACAAAAAUAUUAGUUUAUUUCUUUCAAUAUACCAGAAAAAGGAUUGAAAUUAAACUCUUUAGGUGAGAUUCUGUCUCAUCAGCUGUUCAGAGGUAAAUAGCUCUUGCUAUUAACUUCCAAAUUAGCCAAUCAGUGCACACAAAAAGUAUUAUUCACCUGAGUGUGUGGUAUAUACUAAAUAUAAUUACAUAUUUGAUCAAGAGGAGCCCCACUUGUUUUGAAGGUAAUGAUGAAGAGUAAAUAAAAACUAUUUGAGAGUCUCAAAACUUGAUUUACGAUUCUUGAAACUUAAAUCUCCAGGCUUGAAAAUUGCAAUGUGAGCUUUGUAACUUCAGCAAUUCUCAAUAAUUUAUUAAAACUAUCAAGGAUCAUAUAUCAAGCUUUGAGUAAAGACAAUAUCAACUGGCUUUUGAGAAGUACUGUCACUACAUGCAUUACCAUACAUGAGAUGCAAUUUUUAUGUUGUUUACAGCAAUUUUGUUGUCAAAACUACAGCAUUAAACAGAAAAAUUGUGAGGAUUGUAUAACUAUUUAUAUUUCCUUUAGUUUGUUUUAUUAGCAGAUUCAGUCCUGUAUUUUGCUUUCUACCUUUUCAGCCCUCAAGCCAAAAUUUGCUGAAUCAAAGGAGAUAGAUGAAUUAAGCAAGAAGUUUGUGAUGAUUAAUGUUGAGGUACUAACGUUUACCACCAAAGAUUUUUCUUUGAAUUUUUUCCUUUAUGGUCAUUUUUUCAAUUUUUUUUUUGUCAUUUUUCCAGUAAGUGUUAUCAUUGGCUGAUUAAAUCUCUUGUACAUAAGCAAAUUAGCAGGAACAUGUAGAAAAAGUGAGUUAAAAACCAGAACAUAUUUAAGCCUAACUCAAUGACCUUUUCAAUGCAACUUGACUGUGCUUUUAUUGAUUAUAUUAUAAAGAAUGACCCUGUUUGAGUACUAUACUCAAUGGUACAAGCAGGGCCAGAAAGGGGCCAUAUGGCUGAGGAGGAAAAUGAAUGAGCCUCCCCUGGGGUCAUAUGGUUAUUAACUGAGUUUGGUGAGAAUGGACAGAGAAACAUUUGGCUCUCAGUCCAAACUCACAGACCUCAAGCCUAACUUUUUCCAUUCUGGCCCUCUUACUUUUUCAUUAAAAACACAUUAGAUGUUUGGUUCCAUGGCUUUGGGAUGAUAAGUGAGAUUUGGCAUGCAGCUUCAUGGUUAACAUUCCAGACACUGGGUGAAGAGAUCUGGGUGCCAGCCCUGGCUUGGUCACCAUAUUGUGUUCUUACCCAUGAUACUUAACUCCUGACUCUCACCCAAUUAACAAUUGCUACUGGUAAACGGUUAGGGAAAAUCUGUCAAGAUAUGGUCCAGUGGGUAACUUGCAAUGGAUGGUGUCCCAACCUGGCAAAAAGAGUCUAUGCUCAACCCAAAUGGUCCAUCCUGCCAGAGCUAAUCUUGGUUUCCAUACCCUCCCCCCCCCCCCCCCCCCCCAUCUGAAGGGACACCAAUCCAUUACAAGGUUAUCCCCUAGCAUUUCUUCAGGCUUCCCUGACAAGUUGAUUUACUCUUGGGUGAAGAGAGGCAUUGUUAAUGUAAUUAAAAGUAUUUUGCUCAAGAACACAACACAACAGCCUGGAUAGAUGCCAACCUGGACCUCUCAAGAGCAUGAACCAUUAGCCCAUGGCAUCUCCCACUUAGGAGACGCAUCCCAACCUGGGGUUUACUAGCAAUAUUCCUUGUCACUUCUUGCUCUGGAAACUUGGAUAUGCUUUGGUAUUGUAGGCUUCAAGAUUUAAGAGCUGAAUUUUAUUUGUUUCCACAGGAUGAUGAGGAGCCUCAAGAUACUAAGUUCCAGAUUGAUGGAUCAUACAUUCCAAGGAUAUUUAUUCUAGGUGAGUAACUUAAACAAUAUUGGUUAAUUUGAGAUUGGUUUAAAUUCUGUAUUCUUGGUUGCUGACUUCUUAUUUUGAUAUUUUUAUUUCAACGAGUGGUCUUGAAUGCACAUCUGUUUCCAUUUUUUUUUCUCACUUUCAGAUUCAUAUGGUAAUGUUCAACGGGAUAUUUACAAUAAAAAGGGAAAUCCAUCAUAUAAAUACUACUAUGGAAGUCCACCAGGAAGUAAGUGAAAUGAAUGUACCAUUUCUACCUCCCUCUCUCCCCCCCUACUUACCUCCCUCCUUUCCCAUCCAUCCUUCCCUCCCCUUCUACUCUACCUCCCUCUCUCCCUCCCUACUUACCUCCCUCCUUUCCCAUCCAUCCUUCCCUCCCCUUCUACUCUACCUCCCUCUCUCCCUUCCCACUUACCUCCCUCCUUCCCCAUCCAUCCUUUCCCAUCCAGCCUUCCCUCCCCUUCUACUCUACCUCCCACUCUGCCUACCUUUCUUCCCAUGUGGCCUUCCUUCCCUCCCUACUUCCAUUUAGCUUCUCCACCUUCCUUUCCCUCCAUUCCUUUCUCUCCUUUCUUCCUUCCCUUGCCUUUUCCUUUCCCUCUUCUCCCUUAUCUUCCUCUCCUGCUUUGCUCCCAUCCUUUCUGUCUUACUCCCUUCAUCUCACCCUUUAUAUUUUCUUGCCUUUUCCGCCAUCCCACCCCUCUCACCUUCCCUCCUGUUCCAGUCCUUUCCUUUUUUCCUUUCUUUUGUGUCUCUACUCCAUCCCUCUCUCCAAGACUCUUCUGCCCCCUUCACUCUCCCCUUCUUCCAUUUCCCUACUUUCCCUCUUCCUCCCUCCAUUCCAUCCUCUCCUCCUCAGCUGUUCCUCCUCCUUGCUUACCUUCUUUUGCUCUUUCUAUUCUCCCACUCGUCUUUUUCCUCUCCAGUUAUUGAAACUUCCUUCCUUUUCAUACUAAUAGUGUUAUUGCACAAUUGAAUUGAUAUAUUUAACAGUUUCUACUGUAUCUAUGAACACAUUUUAUAUCCUAGUUGUGGACAGCAUGAAAGAAGCCCUGGAGAAGAUGAUAGAUGGUGUUCGCAUAGGAGAUGAACUAUGAUUAUAUGAUUGUUAAUUUUCUUCUUUAAUUUUUUUAUCAGUGGAAUAUCCAUGUUUAUUAUCUUCUCAUGCACUCACUUUCUGUUCAACCCAGUUCACUUUGACAGCCAUUUAACAAGUUACCUUCUUAACCCUUUACCCCCAACAUCAGUAUCCAUAUUCUCCAAACUAUUCACUAUACAUUUACCAAGGUGCUGACAAAGAGAAUUUGUUUAAUAAUCAAGAGCUGCUUAAGUUGGUGAUCAUUUCCUCCAUUCUCAUUAGCCUAAUGUUUGAUUCAAGGGUGAUAUUGUAAGGAGAAAUUAUAUGCUAGAGAUGCUUAGGGGUUGAAGGGUUAAUUUAAACCUGUAAGACUUAGAUUUUUAAUAGGAGAAAAGACUUAUGUGGUAGUAUUUGAAUUUCCUUCAGGAGCAAGUUGAAGUGGUGGUAGUCUUUAUUUCUUCAAAUAAUAAAUAUUACUUAGCGUAUGUUAGCAGUAGAAAAGGCCAAAAACUAGUACAAACGUAAAAAAAUUCUAAACUUACAACGCUACCUUGUAUUUGAAAAUUAAAAGAGAUUUACAUAACAAUCUUUGUAUUAACUCUGGGGCAAUGGUAAGAUUUGUCUCGUAAGUUUUAACACUCAUUUAUGUAUAUAUUUCGUUGCCUUCGGUGAGAUGGUUUUCCUAAAAACUCGGAUAUUUGCCAUGAGCAGAUAAUUAUUUUAUUGAAAAUGGGUGUGUCACUGAAGGGACAUAGUUUUUGCGUAAAGUCACUCAGAGUAUUCUGUUUUAUUUUGAACACUUUUAGAAAUGACGUGAAUGCAUUUCAUUUACCCUGAGCAGGUUUGUAAUUAAAAAUGGGUGUGACACCGAGAGGAAACAGUUGUUGCAUAAUGUCACUCAGAGUAUUCUGUUUUGACUUAAAAAUUUCCAGAAAUGACGUAAAUGCAUUUUAUUUUUUUCUUCUUAUAAGAUACCCUUGGACGUUUAGCUCAUUUUUUUUUACUAGACAACCACUUUUCCGCCUCUUAUCGGGUUUGCCUAACUUUCUCGAAUUUUCCCGAUCCGUAAGUGAAUCAACCCUGCAUUCGAAAUUACCUUAUCCUGUCUUUGAUGGAACAAGAGUACCGUAAUGAUUCGAUUUAGCGCCCACCUUCCAAUAAGCGCCCCCUUUCGAAUAAGCGCUCCCCUUCGAAUGUGUUUUUGUUAAUAAGCGCCCCUAUUCUAAUAAUCGCCCCCAUUCUUAUAAGCGCCCCUAUUCUAAUAAGCGCCCCUGUUCUAAUAUUACAGCGCCUUCAGAACACGUAUCAAACGUGGUUCAUCUUCCUAUAAUAGCCGAUAUACCGUACGUAAUAAUGCAUUACAAAAACAGUGGUCUUCGUCUGAGUUUCUCAACUGUUAUGUCCAUGUGAGAACAUAAUUCCUUCAAACGAGUAAUCUCUUCUUCAAAUUUUGUGGCGAUUGCUCUGCUGGUUGUUCUCGCUAGGAACGCUCCGGGGACAACAAGUCCGUUUUCUAGUCUUCUUGAUCCAGUCACUUUGACCUGUACUUUAUUCUCAUGGCGGGCUUUGAGAAAUGUGAAUAUAAGGAAGGAAAGUUCCAUCGGCACAGAUAGCUUGAUAAUUGACGCAAGUGACUCUGAAGUCAUCGACAUCGAAUACGGUAGAUAAACUCACGAACCUUCAACGUACCGUACAUGUAUACUUGUUACAGCUACGGUAUAUAAAAUGAAGAAUUCUUUUGAAAGUAUCUGAACUUUCAACAAUUUGUUACUGUUACAGUUUCUAUUAUUGUUAGUUAUUUUAAUAUUUAUUAAAGUUAUGCUUUAACCAUUUGGUUGUUUCUCAAAAACUUAAAUAAGCGCCCUGUCCCGAAUAAGCGCCCUGUCUCGAAUAAGCGCCCUCCCUUGAGGUACCAAAAGUAAAUAAGCGCCCCGGGCGCUAAAUCGAAUCAUUACGGUAUGCGUAUGCUCUUAGCUUCUUGUACAUGAAGUACUUACCGCUCGUGCAAAGUUUCUAGUUGCUACGCAUUAGACGCAAAAACCACACAAUCAGCAAACAACAAAAAAUUUAGAGUAAAAAAGUCUAACAAAGAAAUCAAAGGAUGGUAUUAUAUGUGGGAGGUGAAGGAAAAUCAUCAAAGAACUUUGUGUCACCGUAAAUUAAAAAAAAAUUUGUAGAAUUUAAUGUGCAAGUUAUAUCUAAAUACAACUUUCUUGCCAUUAAACAAAUAAAAUCAAAAUAUAUGGGCCAAGAAUGUAACCUCUUAAUGUUUGACAGUAUUAAAGGUGAUACGCAUUUCAAUAAACUUCCGUUAGUCAUAUUUGGACUUCCAUGGCAAAGAAAGCUCCUUCAAACGUUUUGCGCAGUAAAAAAAUAUUGUACGAAGCAUUGCAUAACAAGAGUAUUCAAGUAGCCAUACCAUGUAUAUGCCAUUAGCCAUAUAUGGACUUCCACGGUAGUAACAAACUGUUAAGGUGAAAAGACUUCCUUCCGAAGUGUUACGUAAUAAAACAUGGUGUACGCAGCAUUGCAUAACAAAAGUAUUAAAGUAUUAAGAGUCUGAUCUUUGUUUUGCCGUCGUAGUCUAGAGACUUAACCUAUCAUUUUGCCAGUGUUUUGAACAUUUCCUGAAAAUCAGAAGGAAAUGUUUAUGGAAAUAUCUCUCUUGUACCACGGCUUGAUGAGCGAUUGGGCGGGGACUAAACCGGAAACCCUCUGUUCUAAGUCACACUUCUCGAUUGGAUAAAGUUAGGAAACAAAGUGUUAUGGAUAAUUCUUAAAUAAUCAUUAUAUUACAUCCCUUUGUCGUAAAGCAGUACAACAUUCCCUUAGUUUCACUCACUCUUGAAUAUUUGGAAAUGUCGAAAAUGAGUUGUUCAAUUCAAGAAAGAGCGAGACACAAGAAGGCCGCAGAAGGACAACACGUAAAUUUGAUGAGAUACGAAUUUGGUGUUUUGGCCUCCUAUGGUGUUCUCCCCGCGCAAGAUCUUGCCAUGAAAUCGUACCAAUCUGGACAGCAGCGAUGCACUGAUGCGGUUCUCUGUUUGUUAUUCAGAAACAAAACAGUGAGCCAUGAGAGCAGGGAGGGCCAGUCUACAAGAGGAAAGCUUUCACAAGCCACAGCUACAUUUGAUGUUAGGACAGCGCAGUUUGAAAACAGCGUGCUGGAAGCUUACGGACUGGUUUUCCAUUGA